AUGCAAGGUGCUGUGCAGUCUCUAAGAGCGAGGAAAGCUGCCGAAAAGAAGACGGCUAAGGAGAGAGCGGUUUUGGAGGCGAACUUCAGACCUCCCACUUCUCCCGAGGCUAACCGCAAUCCCGAGGUCGUCGAUGGCGCCGAGGCGACUGAUGAGGCUCGGGAUGUGGCUUUGAUCGUGCCUGAGGUGGCCGAACAUAUCUCCCCUACGACCGAUGUCCCCGAGGUCGUAGGGGCUUUGGUUGCUGCUGCUCCGGUCACCGAGGCGAAAUCCAAAACAACGGGAAAAAGACCCCGAGGUGACGGCUCGGGAGUUUCUAGAAGGGAGAAGAGAAGUCGUAGCAAAACUCUAGUGUACAAGGACAAGGUUGCUUCGGCGAAUUUUGUUGCUUCUUGCUCGGGUCCACCACUGUCCGCUCCCGAGGCCUUGCUGGAGGCUCGAAGCUACCGCGAAACCGCUGCUGGAUUUCUGAAGUCCGAGCUGGCUCGCGAGAGGUCGGAGAUGUCCCGAGCCGAGGUUGAGGCUAAGAUUUCCGAGGCGAUUGUGGCUAAACAGGAAGCCGAGGCGUUGGCCAAGGCCGAGAAGGUGGAGCGGUUGAAAGCUUCGGAGGAUAGCCUGCGAACUCAGAGAAAGCUCGAGGCCGAGAUUGCGCGCCUACAUCGGUUAUUUACCAAAAAGAAGGCUCUCCGGGAGAAGGAGAUCGUCAGAGAAUGGAGGGCAGCCAAGAGGGAGUUUGCCGAGAAGGUCAAGGCUAUCGAGGCGAAGAUGGACCAAUACGGGAAGGUAUCCGCGCGCUAUAUGUACUUGGUGCAAGCGCGGGCCAAUGCCGAGUUGAUAGCCGAGCUGGAGGAAGGGAAAAAGGUGGAGGAUGAGAAGGCAGAGGUCCUUCAAUGGACGGCUGAGUAUGUGGAUGCCGAGGAAGAGUACGUCCGUCUCGGGACCGAGCUGUGA